GUCUGAUCACCAUGCAAGCAAACAUAAUAGUCCACCAACAGGUGGCAGCACCUGCUAUUAAGGGCUGGAACACUGGCCUUUUUGACUGCUGUCAAGACAUGAAUUCCUGUUGUUAUGGUUUCUGGUGCUGUCCUUGCUUAGCCUGCUCCACCACGGGAGAGUUUGGAGAGAGUACCUGUCUGCCAUUAGUGGACAUCAUUGGCCCUGCUUGCAUGGUUGCCUUUGGGGUGCCCAUCAUUGUGCCACCCGCAAGUCUGUCCAUGCGGGUUGCUGUACGCCACAAAUAUGGCAUUCAGCGAAGCCUCUGUGAGGAUAUCAUGGUGUCCUGCUGCUGUGUCUGGUGCUCAUGGUGUCAGAUGGCCAGGGAGAUCAAGGACCACAAGAAGGGCUGCACUUUCACAACCACCCAGCCUGUGGCCAUCCAAGUGCAGCCUCCAACCAUGACCAACUCAAACGUGUCCUACACAACCAAUCAACAGAGCUACACCAUGACCAGCCCACAGUCUCCCAAUCAACAGAGCUACACCAUGACCAGCCCACAGUCCCCCAACCAACAGGGCUACAUCAUAACCGGCCCACAGUCCCCCAGCAUGGUUGAGAUGCACCCUUGUAUGAUGGCAGGGCCCCCUGGCAUUGCCGGAGGGGUUCAAAUUAAGAUGGCAUCUGACCAACAUGCCAUGGCAGGCCCUCCUAAUGCCUAUAACCCUGGUUUCAUGAUGCCCCGUGAUAUGUCUAACCAUAUGGUGAACACCACUGUCUCCACCCAACUAUCCAAAUGCUGAUCUCUGCUACAUCAUCUAAUCACUUUCUGAUAGUUGACUUUGUUGCAAUGUUCACAGUCAGUGAAUUAAUUUGGUUCAUGAAAAUAUGUCUUUAUAUGGUUUAAAGUCUGAGGUUAUGUGAUGGUAAUGUCCACUGCUCAUUGUCUCGACAUGUAAUAAAGUCUAAAACAUCCCGUGAA